AAAUCGAUCGACUUGACCACCACCUCAAAUCGCGUCGAUAUAACGCGCCAUUCAAAUGAGUCUUGCCUUUCUUCAUUCUCACGACGCUGCAGAAGCGCAUGGCGACGCUGUUUGGGACAUUUGUUGGACGAGUAACGACACCGUGAUAUCUGUCUCAGCAGACGGAAGUAUCAAACAAUGGACCUCUGCAGGCGAUCCCCAGCCUCCCAGUCCCAGCUCGGGUUUUCCAGCUCCUCACAUGCUCGGUCUGGUCUCUCUAUCAGUAUCUCCAGACGCAAAAUACGCCCUCUACAACACCAUCGAAGGCCUCACAUCUUUAUGGGACCUCACAACUGGGGACAUCGUCGGGAAGUAUGAGAGUUACAACCGGUCGUCUGGAGGCGAUGUCGAGCCUUCAUGGUCUGUAUCCCUGAAUCCCAACUGCCAGACCUACGCCUCUUCAGGCGCCUCCGGGAACGUCGCAAUCCACUCGGCAAGUUCAGAAAAUUUCGGGCAACGACUGUCUACCUUGCCAUCGGGGAGGAGCAAAUUUGGCCUGCACUGUACCCAUAGCCCAGACGGAAAGCGCGUUGCUCUGUCCUCGGAAUCAGGGCAGAUCUACAUAUUCGACCUUGAAACUAAUUCGCUAGCGACAACGUACACCUCCCAUGCCAUGGCCGUUCGGGAUCUUGUCUGGUCUCCUGAUUGCAACCUCCUUCUGAGCGCAUCUGAAGACAAACGUCUGGUGCUUCAUGACGUGCGGACAUCUGCCGGGGGAAUGGUAGCGACAUUUACGGGGCAUUCUUCUUGGGUUCUCAGCGUCGACAUAUCACCUGACAAUCGUCUUGCUCUGUCAGGAUCCGCUGACAAAACUAUCAAAGUUUGGGACAUCGCGGCACGAGCGGCUGUAUCAACAGUGCAAGAUACUGGAGAAGUGUGGUCGGUGUCGUGGAGACCCAAAUUGACAUCCAUUGGGGCGGGUGCCUUUGUCAGUGGAGGCGAAGAUGGUGUAGUGCGAUGGUGGAGAGGCGCAGGCGGUGGAAGCGCUUUUUAGCGUAUUCUGUACCAUCAAUAUUCCGCCUCUUGCACAUGUCAGACGAGGGAAAAAAGGGAAUUUCUUGAGCGCUUGAGCGAUAUGUAACACGCACUUUCAUGUAGUCUAAUGCUGGCCAGUAGGUAAGAGUUCUGCAAGAAUCUGUACAGCAGUAUAACAGGCUACUCCGCCA